GUGCUUAACAUAACAGAUGAGAAUCAUCGGGAUUCAAAUAGAAGACCUCUUGGUCACAGAAAACUCCGAUACCAUGCAAACCAAAAACCCUUUUGGACUCUGAACAAGUCGACUAUUGCGAUCUUCAAUCACAGUACGUUAAAUAACAAUUACGAAAAUGUGCAACUUUUCCCCCCUUUUGAAAGUUUUCGGUCGAAAGAAGAGACCAAUUUGUUACCCGACCCAAACUCGGAGACCAUUCGUGUAAUUUGGCCUAUUAAUUUUUUUUUAAAAAGAAGGGAUCUGUGAUAACUAGGUAGUGGGUAUGAUGUCAUACUAAAUGUUGUUUAAGGAACCGUGUGAUGCCAAAUGCCAACUCUCCAAGAAAGAUUUCUUCGAUAUUUCCCCAAAAAUCUGCGACUCCACCAACAGAUUUCCUCCUCCUUGGAUCUGACUGUUUCUUCUCUGCCACCAACUUCUGAAAAUAAAAAUGCCACGCAAUCCCAAGUUUCGACCUGUUUCAUCUCUCAACAUGUGGAUGGUAAGUAAAAUUAACUACUACAUUGGACCUUGAUAGUCGCAUUAUUAAAUUUUUGCUAGCUAGAAGAGGAUCUAAGUUCGGUGUGACGAAUUCAAAUCUUACUGUAGAGUAGAACUGUAGAAGGAUGUUCGAAAACUAACAUAAUUUCAUGCAUCUUAUGCUCAUAAGGAUGUUCGAAAACUAACAUAAUUUCAUGCAUCUUAUGCUCAUCUGGCAUUUUUUUUUUACGGUAGAACGUGCUUUUAAUUGGCAGUUGAGUUUGGGUAUGGUUGGAAUAAUGAACAUGAUUUGUGGGUAUUUUAUCUUUUUACCUUUUGCAAUUUAAUUCUCAUCACACUAUAGCUAAUACAUGAGUUGGUUUUCUGGUUCAAUUUACUUGAAAACCCAAAACAAAUUAGAAAAAUAACUAUCCAUCGAUACCCCUAGUACAAAAACCGAUUCAACCAUCGGUGCAACUCUCACAAUAACACGAGUUCGAGUCCCUAUACGACUUCCAACAUAAUUCCUAAACAUUUUGUGUAUAGUAACGAUUCCAUGUCACUUGAGAAACUUCGUCAUUGUUGUGAAAAAGAAGUAGUCAAAUGUGAAAGAGAAAGAAAAAAAUUUUAAGUGGGCUAAUCAAUAAGCUACAUAUCCAAGAAACAACCCAGUCUGUCUGUCCCCUGUUUUCUACAAUAUAUUCGUUUUCUUCUGUUUCAACUCCGGCGCUCCGCAAAUCCACAGUUGUUAAAGGUCUGCAUAGGAUCAAGUGCUUCGGCAUUAAAAUAAUGAACUGGACUCCACCAAGUUAAUUUCUUCCGUCACCCAACCACCAAAUCGGAUCCGUUUUUUAUAUGAAUCCGGAAAAUCCAAAGUUUCUGUUCCAUUCCCUUCUCCUUGUCCCUCUCUCUCUUUCUCUUCCCAUUCUCUGAUUCUCCCGCUCAUCCCAACUCUGUCUUUCUUUCUCUUCCUCUGUUCAUCAUCCUUCCAUUUUCUCUUCUUGUUCAUCUUGCCAAAGAUCAAUCCACAUUACUAAACCACAUUACUAAACCACAGAGCAAACAGAAGCAGAGAGUUAUGGAGGCGCCACACCAGUUCUACUGACGUACAGAAACCAAUCCUCCACCGGCCGGCGGCGAACUUCUGAUCAGGUAUGCCUACAGUUUUCUUGCUCUCCCUAUGUGGGUUUGAGCUAAUCAAUCUUUUAGAAAUGUUAAUCCAGUGGUUUAUUCGAAACUAGCGGGCUAGUCUCUGUUUCUGUAGAAUAGAAAAAACAGGGGGUUUCAGUUCACGGAAAACAAUUUUAGCCAGGACUGUUGCAAAUGGGCGGUGGCUAAAGGUCCAGAUCGUUGCAAUAUCUAAGUACUGGUGUAAUUUCGUCACUAAAAACGUUUUGAUUAGCAGCUAAUUCAUUAGUUUACACGAUCACAAUCAUGCAACGAGAGAAGCUGAAACUCGUACUUAAUGAUUAUCAAACGAUUUUUAAUUUUCUGGAAACAAAAUCACUUGAUUCGCGUCGAAAGAAAUUUCAGUUAUACAGUAAUCAACGAUUCCAUAUUUUGUAGUUUGUUUUUAGGGCUUAGGCUUCUGAGUUUUGUUAGUAGUGCAGAGCCACCUUGCUUACAGCAUAAAAUAAAAUUUUACUAUAUCUUCACUAUUUCCUGAGAAAGAAAGAAAUGACCGUUUCUCCAUACCACAACGGUCUUCGAUUUCCAUGUGUUAUUUAUUUAAUUCGGAGCUUGAUAUUCUUGUUUAGCGUACAGAUUUUCAUAUGAUAAUAAAAUAAAUAAUAACAAUUGUGUCCAAUGAGUACAUUUUGAAGUUUUUAUUCCAUAAAAAAGAGAAUUUGUCAACUAGCUACUUAUUUGAGACGUGAUUUCCAUCACAAAUUGAGCAAAUCAGAGGAUUUUUUUUUUCUUAAUUGAUUUAUUAUAGGGAAUUGAGAAACAAUCAUGCUAAUUUUUAUUUAUUUACAUAAUCUAACAAUAAAAUUAGAAGAACACGUGACAACGUCGAGGCAGUAACAUCUACUAUAAACUCGUAUGAUUUUCAAUCAUCUAAUAUGUUUUGUUAAUAAGUAUAUAAUCGAAUUGAUUAAAAAUCUUCGAUUCAUCUUAUUCGAGAAUGAUAUAAAGUCUGAAAUCGUUCACUAUACUACUAAAAGUGUAAUCAUGAAAAAACUGUUAAUAAAAAAAAUUAACGGAUAGAUUCAUUAUUUUAUUUCUUUCAUGAAAGCUAAAUAUUCCUAAUAAUACUCACCUCCAACGUUAUUAUUGCUCUCAUAUUAAGCAUCCUAAUUAGUUUUAUAAUAUAUUCCAAUCUUUGUUAUGAUUUACAGCUGGCAAAUAUACCAAAAACCCUCACUAUUACACGCCAAAAAGGUGGAAAAAAACUCCUAAUUAGUUGUUUUUUAUUAUUUUUAAUCCUUUUCGAAGCCUCAUUUCUAAUUCUUAAUCUCAUUUUCUCUGCAGAGUUCACUCCUUUCUUCCUUCUACCCUGUCUCUCCUCCCACCGUCGGCAGCAAUGGCGGACGCCGACGGAGCCCCACCGCCGCGAUACUCGACUUCGACGGACCAGACUCGCACCACCUCCCGCACCACCAGCUGCUCCACCCAGACCACCACCACCACCGGCACGAUGGAUCCGGGCUCUCCGACCACCAAGCUCCUCAAAGCCGUCCUCCCGGCGCCGCCGGGAACCUACGUCAUCCAGAUUCCGAAGGACACGAUCUACAAGGUCCCGCCGCCGGAGAACGCCAAGCGAUUCGAGCAGCUGACAAACAAGAACCCCGGAGGAGGACGCAGCCGCCGUUGCUGUGGCGGCGGAGCCCGCCUCUGGCUCUGUGCCUCAAUUUCCUUCUUUGCCGCCUUCCUAUUCCUCAUCGCCACCGCCGUCGGAGUCUUCUGCCUCGUCGUCCGGCCAGAAUCCCCCCGCUUCGUGAUCCAAUCGGCGUCGAUAAACGGGUUCAACUCGGCGUCGGGGCCGAUCUCGCCGAGAUUUAAACUCGCCGUCGCGGCUCAAAACAGGAACAAGAAGAUGGACAUGAUCUACCAGCCUGAUAGCUCCGCCGCCGUGUAUUACAACGGGAUCGAGCUGGCGGCCGGCUCGAUCCCGGCUUUCGAGCAGGGGACGGAAAAGUCGACGAAUUUCAAGACGGUGUUGAAGGGGGAGGGGAUCGUGCUCACGGGCGCCGUCCGGAGGUCGUUGAGCGACGGGGAGAACAGAGGCGCGGUGCCGUUUCGGGUGACCGCGACGGCGCCGGUGAAGUUUAGAUUGGGGGCUGUGAAGUCGUGGACGGUUACCGUGAAAGUUGACUGUGAGUUGACGGUGGAUAAGCUAACGGCGAAAGCGAAGAUCGUUGCAGAGAAAUGUGAUUCCAGCGCCAAAAUCUGGUAGAUGUUACCAAAAAAGAAAAAGAAAAAAAAAAGAGUUAGGGAGUGUUUGGUUGUAGAAAUUAGACAUAAAAUUAAUUUAGGAGGAUGGGUUUAAUUAAUUAGUUUACCUCUCUUCCUUAAUUCUAAUUCAUUCUAAUUCUUUAUCUUCCUCCUCUUUUCAUAUGCAUACGCUUCGUUUUAAUUUUUAAAUUUUCUUCUACUUUUGUUCUUUGCUUUUGUGAGCAGGAGAGUUCAACAUUUUAGAUUAAACGAGAGUGAGAAAAUAUGAGUGGUUAAAAACUUGAUAUUUAAUUUGUAAUCCCGGAAAUGAUAAUUUGUUUCUGGACGGAUCACGAAAUUAGAUGUGUACAUUUACGAUGAAAUUGUAAAUGAUAUUUUUGGAUUCUAGCAUUGGAAGAUUUUUGUAUAACAUCCUAAUCUCUAACUACUAGCAUAGCUACUUAUAACUCCCUGCCCUAACCCCACGGCUGAAUUUGCGACCUCUCGAUUCAUCCAUGCCAUAUCCGGCUAUGAGUGGGCAACAUUUCGGUCCAUACAGGAUAAAAGUCAAUGUUUGGA